AAUGAAAUGUCAAUAUGUAUUUGAUAUUAAUUUUUUUUAGUUUGAAAAUUUUCGAAAAAUGGCGGCCAAUCGCCAUUUUAAUCUUGGAGGUUCAUUGACGGUUUUCCAGUAUCAGUACGUCGCCCUGAAAGGGGUUACAAUCUACAGUACAAGUUAAAGUAGUACCAUAAAAGUAAUAAAGGCUAAUAAAAGGCCAAAAGGGGCUUAUCGGAUACUCUGAGAGUAAAUUUUACAAGAAGCCCGAGCGGAGGUGUUUCGAUAAGGCCGACCGGUUCGAAACUUUUAUGGGAACCCAUGGUGCAGAUUACGGAAGAAGAUCGGAAGGAUCAGCAGGCCCACCCUGCAAAGCCUGCUCAGCAUUCAAAAGCUGGGCAAAGUCCCAAGGUUCUAAGGCACCGGAAAAGGCGCAAGAACAACCACACGUCGACAAUGAGUGUCCCCUCGAUAGAGAAGACCUUGGCCGAGCAACUUGGAGUUUUCUGCACUCAAUGGCGGCGUACUACCCCGACAAGCCUACCGAAUCGGAUAAAAGAUGCAUGAAACAGUUCUUCAACUCGUUCGCAAAGUUCUACCCUUGCAACGAGUGCGCCACACACUUCCAAGAGGACUUGCGGAAGAUACCACCUCAGGUUUCAGACUCCGACCAGCUUUCGGAGUGGCUCUGCAAAAUGCACAACCGCGUCAACGUACGCCUCGGAAAGGAGGCCUUCGACUGUUCCAGGGUCAAGGAGAGAUGGAAGGAAGGCUGGAAAGACGGUUCUUGCGAUUAAUACACCUUCAAACUUCUUUUCGACACCUAUUCACCCUUUGCACUUGGUUGUAAAUAAAGAGCAACUUUUGCCUUGCCUA